CUCGAGACAGCGCGCGCGCGCUUGGCGGGUUUUGUUUUACUUUUGCGUGAUUUUCCGGCGGCGGGUCGACCUCCUCCCUCUCGGCCACCGGCGUCAGGUAGCGAAGCCGGGCGAAUCGGCGAGCUAGCAGUCGCGUACGGAGCGCGGCAAGAUUCGGGACGUCCGAUGAGACGUGCGCUCGAGACCAAAGCCGAGGCAUGGCUUCGUGACUUGCGCGUCUCUCCUGUGUUCCGGCGCUUCAACUUGUGGAAACACACGGUUUCACCCACGUGCUAGAUUUGACAUGAAGAGCGGCGGCAACCGCAUCGCCGUCAGCAGCGCUAUCCAGCAGGUGGGAACGACAUUCCUUCAGCGGCGCCGGGGUUGAUUGAGCUUGUGACAGCUGCGGUAGGAUACGGUGGUGUCGAGGCGCCACUUCAUCGUCUUGAUGGAUACCCAUUGGCAGCUUGCGAUUGAACCGCCGCCGGUGUCACUGGCCUAACGAGCCGCCGUACUACUUGCCGUCGCCUGUGCUUGACACUUCGCCGCCGCAGAUCGACUUCGCUGGAUUCUCGGAGCGUCCCGCGUGGUUGAUGCGUUACGAGUGUUGUUGAGUGCGACUUCUUGCUCGUGUGGUUGUGGUGCGCGACGCGGCCCUCUCUGAUGCGUGACGGUGAGUACUGUGAUGUGUGCGUGCCGGCUGGAAGGGAUGCAGCCGACGACCGGCGCUAGUCACUCGUCCAUGCUUGGCGAACUCGAGGAUUACUUGCACGAGAUCCGGGACCGCGACGUCGCGCCCGACGAUGACGAGGCGGAGCCCGGCGACGUCUACUCUCAGCUGGCGCAGAAGGAGAAGGACCUUCUGCUGGCAGCCGAGAUCGGCAAGGAGCUGCUCGAGCGAAACUCGGACCUCAGCCGCCAGAAUGAACGACUCACCGAGGAGUACUCGCGGAAGCUCGAGGUGCUGGAGCAGGAGAAGCACGCGCUGCGCCGCAAGCUCGAGUCCCUGUCGGGCGAGAGCGACAGCCGGCUGGCCGAGCUGCAGGCCGACCUGGCGCAGGCCCGCCAGCAGCUGGCCGACCAGCAGGAGCUGCUGCGCGCGCUCGAGAGGGAGCGCGGCGCGCUGGUGCACGAGAUGAGCGACCAGAACCAGCGGCUCGCGCAGGAGCUCAAGGCGGCGCGCAGGGCCGAGGACCAGGCGGCCGGCCAGUACCGCAGCCUGCGGCAGCAGCUGUCGCUGCGCCGCUCCAGCCUGGACGACCACGUGGCGCAGCUGCAGGGGCUGCGGGACGAGAUCACGCUCCUGUCCGAGCGCAAGGCCGAGCUGGAGCGGCGCAUCUCGGCGCUGGUGGACGAGCGCGAGAGCCUGAGCCUGUCGCUCGAAGAGUCCGGGGACCGCAUACUGCUGCUGGAGAAGCAGAGGCACGAGUACGAGACGCAGAUCCGGCAGCAGCAGCGGGACAUGGAGGAGCUGAGGAUCGCCAACGGCCAGCUGCAGGACCGCAUGGACGCCCUGCAGAGGCAGCGCACCUCGUCUCCCCUCCUCAACGGCCUGCUCAACAACACGGGAGGGCAGCGGUCGCUCUUCAACGAGAUCGAGAUGUCGUCCAGCUCGUCGGCCGACGACGAGGCCGGUAGCACGGGCCGCCGCAGCCGGCAGCCCUCGCAGCUGGGCUCUUCGUCGGCGGGCUUCCCGGGGGACUUCGACGAGAUCGAGUGCGACGACUGUGACCUGGCCACCGACGAGGACAAGCAGCUUCGGCAGGAGCUGGCCCAGGCCGUGCAGGAGCUGCAGCGCCUGGCGUCCGAGCUCCGCCGGCAGAGGGAGUGCAGCUCGGUCAACUCGGACAGCGGCGUGCCCCCGUCGCCGCAGGAGCUCGACCCGAGCGAAGUGAGCGCCCACAUGCUGCAGGCGGUGGUCGCCGACAUCAGGGCGCUGCUGCAGGACAUGCUCGCCGGCGGAGCGGCCGUGUGCCAGGCGUGCCAGGCGGCGGCCGAGCGCGCCCGCGAGGAGGCCGAGCUUCGGCGCGAGCUGGCGGACAAGAGCGACGAGCUGCGCCGCCGCAGCGCCGACCUGGCCGAGGCCCAGCGGCAGCUGGCGCUUCGCGACACCGAGCUGCGGGCGCUGCACGAGGAGCGGGACAGGCUGCGCGACGACGUGGGCAGCAGCCGCAUGGCCAAGGACGAGAUCGUCAAGAUGGCGUGGAACACGCGGGACCAGGCCGUCGCCAGGAAAAACAACACAGAGAUCGAACUGGCCAAGACCCGCAUCGAGCUGAUGCACAUCAACAGCCAACUAAUGGAGGCCAUCCAGCAGAAGGUGGAACUCUCCCAGCAGCUGGAACAAUGGCAGGUGGACAUGCAGUCCCUGCUGGAUGAGCGUGUCCAAAAGCAACUACGGAGCCAGGAGGCUGAGGACCGCCGAAGAAAGGCACAGGCAGCUGCUGCCAACGGUGCCUCCGCGUCGCCACAGCAGAAAACGCCCAGCAAGGGGGGCAAGCUGUUUGGACUGUGGAAGAAACAGCAGACCUCUCAGACACCCCAGUGAGCCCCCUUGGGGCCCCCUGUGUGCAGUGCCCCACAACUCCUCUCUCCCCUGCGCUCAUCCCCUGCCCUCAUGAACUUGCCACAGAAGUGCCAGUAUACUGCGGUCUCCAGUGUCCGCUGCCAUUCAAGAGAUCUUGAAACCCCCUUCCUUCCCCUUAUCGGGGGAAGAGACUGGAAAAACCUUGAGCAUACAUUUCUCAUCUCAUCAAUGUCAUCGUCGCGUCGAUGUUGUGCGCAGACACUUUUUCUGAGUUGCUCUCGUGUUGUGCACACCGACGCGAGAAUUAGGAUGUUGUUGUUGGUUGUCAAGUGCGUUGUUGCGUGUCGCACAUUUUAGCACUUCUUACUGAUGCAGACCUUCUCUCAUUUCUGGUGCUCUGCGAGCAGACUUGUGUGAUGUCGCCUAUAUACUGUCUCGUUGUCGAGUGAGAGAAUGUUAUACCACGGGAAAGGCUUCUGAGCAUUCAGUCAGUGGGUUUUAUCCCUAAUUGCACAUUUUAAUUAUGUGCGAAAGAAUUGUUCAGGCAGCAAUACUGAAAUGUAUGAUUUACGAAGAGUCUAAUAUAUGCACUAGCUGUAGUAUCACUGUUUUACGAUUCAGAAAUGAAUGCUACCUUGGGCAAAAUGUGUAUGAGCGAACAAUCAUGCAAUGUUUUCCGAUGAUGCCUUACUUCGGAGGAAUACACUCGUUGAGCAGUUUUAAUUUAUUUGCAAUUAUUUCAGCGGUUCUUCAAUUUGGUGUUGCUGCUGCUCUUAUCUGGUACUGAUUGCCAAUUAGCACAGCUGUAAUAUAAUUUAAGUAUCCUUGGUUGUGACGCUUACACAGUUCAAUACUGCCACAAACUGCAAAUGAUUUGCUACCUUGCAGAGCCUAUUUCAACAUUAAAAUUUCUUUAUUUCUGUAGUUUCUGCAACAUGCUUGCAUACUAUUCUAGAGUGAUUUAAAUAGCGCUUCGUUUUUAUUUACAGAAAACAUUGGGUAUACUUUCCAAGAAAUUUGCUAUGUGGUCAGUUAUCAGAUUAUUUUCAAACGCGGCAGUUUCGAGUCUCUUAAGCGCAGGUUAAAUGUGACAUUUAUAGAAACGUGCAACGUGUAUUUGCUUUUUCAUGCCUACAACAAUCCUUUUUCUAGCACACCGAAUUGCAGUGUACUGCAGAAUCCCUAGGAUAGAUACGAGUCAUCGUUGUCGCUAUAGCAUAUUUACAAAACGUUGCCAGGCCUUGGUUCAACCAAAAGGUCUUUACAGGUGCCAGUGCACUUGUUGAUCUUUUGAUGGCACAUGCUGUUGAUAUUUACAAUGUACAUGUUUAAAUGAUAGUUGCAACUUCUCAAGGACAUCAAUCUCUUUCCAAGAUCUGUGUGUAAAUACGGCGCUCUGUUCGAAGCUUUAUUAGAAACACUUUGCAGUGGCGAUUAGAGUGUUUCAUGCUUGGCUGCAAAGGUGCACACGCAGUUCACCUUCAGAGACGGUGCGGGCUUUCUUCGACCACUUUAAGCUAAUAUGCAGUAAAGUUUGUGCGUGUAGUUCUUGUUCACCGAAGCCAUAAACACUUUCCUGGCAGUUUGCAUCAAGUCUCUUGUGGCCUAAGAAUCAUGUGCCUCUUAUGUGCAACGAUGUGCUGAACGAGGUUGAGUACGUGUAAUGGGAUUCAUUGGGUGCCCAUCGCCCACAACUGCGCACCUGCAAUGUGCGGCACAUGGGGGACCAGCUAUUGCCCUCGAAAACACUUCAACAUAGCCAGCCUUCCAGCAGAAUUUCCAUUCAAGUGGGUAGGCAUCGUACAAAUCAGCCACGAAAAUUUCACAUCUAGCCACAAUUGCUGAAGUUAAAGGAGGCGUUUUUCAUAUACAGUUUAGAAGUCUUGUAGAAUGUUCCUUUGGCUGUUGUAUUUCAUUACUUUGAAGGUUUGUGUUUAACGAUUGCUGUUCAAAUUACUGGGAUUCUAAACUCUUGCCAUCUUGCAUGGAGCAACUGUUCUCACAAACGGAAAAUUGUUAUUCUGUACCAUACGCCACCAGUUCUCACUAGCAAUAAGUUCAAGGCAUGCGAGCAGAAAAAAAUAAUAAAAAAAAUACCUUCACUAUGCAGAGCCCUGCUAGACAUUUCAUUUAAGAAGUGCAUUCUCUUUUUCAAACAUCCAUUAGCGCAUUUAGAUCCAGUCUACCUUUGAUAAUAGCAUGAAUGUGUAGCAAAAAUGACUUUCUACUGCAGCAUUUUGUCAUUAGAAUGACAUGCUUUUACUAGCUUGACGAUUUUCUCGCGUUUCUAUCAAUGUUUCAUUGUCGGUUUCUGUUUCUCGCGUCACAAGACGGUGCACAAACUUGUCAUCGAGCACAGUUUGCAGUGGCUUUCCUGGCUGCAAAAGCAAUUUUGUGCCCAUAUUUCUCCUGCACCUUUAGCUUGAGAGCCUGUCGUUUCCCAGCUUCCCCUGCUUCCCAUAUGAGCUUUUGUACAACUGUACAUACAGUCUACUGUGUGAUGUCUUCGUGCGUGUGUGAAGGCAUAAUUUGUGUUUGUCUUAUCUAAGUCAGUGAAAGGAUAACAUGAUGAUAGAGGCCUUUAUUUUGUAUGUACAAUAUGACAAUGCAGCGUGGCUUUUGUGUACAUAGGAAUUUGCAAAUCAAAUAGCUAUCGAGAGGACAAAUCCUGAUCAAAUGUCAACAGGUGCUGAAAAAGCAGCUUGCAGUGAGCAUUAGGUAAAUAUUCGUAAAGCAAUAACCAACUGUUUUUGUUGACCAAAUGGGAAACAAGCGAUGCUGCAGAUGUGCUAUUAAGUGUAUCUGCUCAAGAACUGGGCCGAUUUUUGGUACCACCUACAAGAGCGUUCAGACCCACAAGUGUAGACAACAAUGUAAAAUGCCUGCAUCACUUAAGGAAAUUUUAAAUGCUCACUUUGAGCUGAGAAUAAUAUUUCUUGUUUUUUUGAACAUUGCUUUAAAACUUAAAAGAGCACAUUCAAUUUAGAAAGGGUGAAGAAGGGCCCCAACUACAUCAAAAUAAGCCUUAAAAUGUUUAAAAAAAGUUUGUUUGAGCUGCUAACUGUGGUAAAGUUGCAAAUAACCGCAGCCCCCAAAUACUGUGACCUUUUAAUGACCAACCAUGACCUAGUGCUGCUGCUACAGUCAGUGCUAUGGUCAUGUUGAACUCGCUGCUGAUCGGGACAAGUGAGCAAACAACCAAAUUCCGAGUUAAUCUUGCAUAUGUUGAAAUAUGUGCGUGCACAUGAUUGCGAAAUAAAGUGUGCACUGUUGUGAAAUAAAAGAUGUCACAUUCA